AUGGCGGAAGUUCAGACCGAUGAUCCGGGCGAAAUCGAGAUCAUGACGGAGCUCAAGGUCACAGCGAAGAAGCCGGCCUCCUUCUAUGCACGUGCCGCGGCGACCUUUCUGCGGGGCACGCAUAGCAAGGAGCCCGUGGCAGAGCUCCGGGUGUCGGCCUUGGGGGGCGCCAUCUCGUCCGCCAUCUUCGUGGCGGAGCGCAUGGAGCGGGACCAGCUGGGCAAGAUUGCUGCGAUUCGCACCGACUACCUGCCGCUGCAGACCAGCAUGUGCCCGCAGCUGUCCAUCCAUUUGCUGCGAGUCCCGCCUGUUGCCGUGUUGCAGCAGGUGGAGAUCAAGCCGGAAUGCGUCGAGGAGUUCCUGAAGGUUGCUACCGCGCUGGCGGAAGGUGCGCGGGCUGACGCGGGCUGCUUGCGCUUCGACGUGCUUCGCUCACAGGAGAGCAGCUGCCAGUUCUUGAUGUACAAGGUCUUCACCAGCGCAACCCUGGAGAGCCAGAAGCAGUCUCCCCAUGCCCAGGCGAUGGAGGCCUUCCAGAGUUCCCAGCCCUUCGUCAGCAACAACGUUCUGCAGACGGAGGCGCUCAACUUUCAGAGCCAGUGCCCUGCGCCCAAGGACAGUCCCAUGGUGAUCCUUUUCACCGGGGACGUGAAGGAGGAAUGCAUUCCGGAGUUUCUGGAAGUCAUGGGCGGAAACUGUCGUGGGUCCCGCGGGGAAGAAGGCUGCAUUCGCUUUGACCUCCUCCGCGCGGGGAACAAGUUUAUGACUUAUGAGGUCUUCGAGUCCAACGAGGCCCUGGAGGUGCACAAGGACAAGGCCUACACCAAAGCCUGGGGGGCCUUUCAGUAUGGAGACAAGAAGCCACUGAUCAGCAAAAGUGUGCAGAAGUUCAAGGUCGUUGAUCUACAAGAGACUGAGCUCUUGUCUUGA